AUGGCAGCAAUUGAAAUAGAACAAAUCCCCAAAGCCACCAUUGCAGGCCCACAAGAAGACUUCCAAGACCACACUACGUCGACUUCGCAGCUUUUCGAGACUUUCGUCGUCCCUGGCCACCAAAAUACUGCCGACUUUGGGCUACCCUGGUCGGCAAGUUUUCCUCUUGGACUCAAGGCAUCCAAGGCCCUCGGUCUCUCCGAAAGCAUAGAUGCCGUUAAAACAUUCGUCCAAUCGGAGAAUUUGAGCCGCUUGAUCAAGAAGCAUGGAGGAGCGGUUCUGAUUCGUGGCUUGCCGAUCGAGACACCUCAUGAUUAUAGCAAAGUCGCCUACGCGUUUGGCUUCCGUCCUCAUGUAGAGGUUGGACGUCCGCCGCUUCGAACCGUUCUGGCUCCCAAUGUCAAGACUGCAAAUGAGGGUCCACCAGAACUGCCGAUUUGGCCUCAUAGUGAAUAUGGAUGGUCCACGAUUAAUCCAUCGUGGCUAACCUUCAGUGCACUACAAAUUCCAGAGUCGGGUGGCGCAACACCCAUCACAUCAGCUAUCUACAUUGCCCACGAGCUCUCCCGCCUCAAGCCCGAGUUCCUCUCGACCCUUCUGCACAAGGGUGUAAAAUACAUAUAUCGCUACACGACUCAGACCCUCGUCUCCAACACCGGGACGAGCGUUCGUGGCGCUUACGGUCAGGAGGUCAGGGACGAAGAUGACGAGGCCACGGCGCGGAGCAAGAUUGAGGCUGAAGUCCGACGCCACAGCAACCGGUUCGAAUGGCACGAGGACGGCAGCCUGAGCGUAACGCAUAUUGUUCCUGCCAUUCGCAUCCACGAUCCUACGGGGGCAACCGUAUUCUUUGGCAACGUCACCUCCGCCUGGGGCCGCAGCCGACAUCAUGGUGCGACGCGACCUCCCUUCCGCGGCGAUGACGGAUCGUACCAUCCUCCCCCCACAUACGGCGACGGCACGCCCAUUGACGUUGAGGACUUGGACCUGCUGCUGAAACUCGCGGAAGACGGUGCCGUCGAUGUCGAGUGGGAACAGGGAGAUCUGGUGCUUCUAGAUAAUUACGCCGUGAUGCACUCCCGCAAGCCGUGGACGGGGCAGCGCCAGGUCCUGGCUGCUUUGUGGGACGAGGACGGGAGGAUUCGGGAUUUUCCAGAAGGCGUGGAGUUGUUGAAGAGCAGUCCGAGGGUGCCUCGGAACGGAGUCUGA